AGCACUCCUGCCAUCCCACUGAUGAUGACAAGCAUGAGGACGACCUUUGCUCCGAUCACUACUGUAGGAUUGAUUGGCAUGAUCCCAAUCAUGUCAACCCCUACUCCUACGCCGACAACAACAAUGUUCCCAGGCUCGAUAACAACGCCUGGUGGAGCAUUCACACCAUACCCAUCAGCUUGGGCUCAGUUUGCUGCUGACCUGGCAAAUGCUCAAGCUCUACAGGGCUAUCAACAGGUGAUGGCCAUGAUGCAACAGGCAGGGGGUUUCAUGCCAUUUGCCUAUCCUGGCAUGACGCCGCCAAUCAUGCCACCUCCGGUGUCGACCCUAUCGACAUUUGUCCCUAGGAUGAUCCCUAUACGCCCGGUGAAUCUGACAGGGACCAUGAACGAGGCAGCGCCCUCAAAUGUCCAUGAGGUCGAUGAGGCAGAGCAGGAGGCGGCUCGCAGGAGGAAGGGUAAGGCUAUAGCCAAGCCCAGCAAAACUCGAGAUUCGGCGUUCAAACGCCUGGGGGACAAAGAGGAUGGGCCCCGCAAGUCUGCCAAGCUACGUCUUGGUCCUGAGAUGGGCCGGACUAGCGCAAUGGAAAGGCUUGGUGGGAGUCGUCCCACCCCAUCUCGUCGUUCUAGGGAAUCUGAGAUGAUUCAUCUAGACAAGGAGGAAGCUGAAAGCCAGCCCAGGGCGUCGGCAUAUACCAGGCUCUCAUACGACGAGGACGACCUGGACAGGAUAGGGAGGGUAGCAAGAAAGCUACGAGCCUUGGAGGAAAAGGUAGAAGAGAAGGCAGGAGCACAGAAGUACACCCUGGCCAAAUCUCCCUUUUCAGCCAGGGUGCAUGCACAAAAACUGAGGCGGAAGAUCAAGCUGGACGUGGAGAAGUUCACGGGAAAGGAAGAUCCAAAUGUCCACCUUGACACCUUCCACAAUGCAGCACAGAUGGCCGGGUGCACUGAUGCCGAGGAAUGCUUGCUCUUCUUCUCAUCCUUAAGAGGGAGGCCAGUGGAAUGGUUUAACGGCCUUCCCCAUGGCAGGAUUGGGUCCUUUGAAAAACUUGCCGAAGUUUUCCGCAAAAAGUACCAGGACAACUGCAUCAAGAGGAAGAAGUUCACCUACCUUAACACGGUAGGGCAGAGGGAGAAGGAGUCCUUGACUCAAUUCUUAACCCGCUCGAGGGACGAGGUUGACAAAGUAGAGGAGAUGGACGAUAAGACGGCCAUGUCUUUACUAAUGAAUGCCUUCCGGUCGGGUGACCUCUACACUGAAUUCUGUAGAAGGCCACCCUCCUCUUAUCAGGAAGCCUACAAUACGGCAUGGGAGUAUGCCGAGGCGGAGGUUCUGAACAAGAGCAAGCGGGAGCUGGAGGAAGGCUACACAAAGGUGAAAUCCGACAAGCCAAAGAAGGAUGACCAGACGGGAGGGCCCAAGCCAAGGGCCACGUAUGACGGAUCCGUCCAUCAAAUAAGGGAUGAGAAGAAGGGAGAGCAACCUAAGAGGCCAUGGACGGAGAAAUGGUGUACCUACCACCAAUCCGACUCUCACAAUACGGCGGAUUGCCGAAAUGUCAAGGCUGUACUCAAGGAAAUGGCCUUGAAGGGAGAGCUUGGGGAAGGUUACGCAACGGGGAAUAAAAAAGACCCGAAAGCGAACACCUGGACUCGUCCUCAAGGGAAAGAUCAAGGAAGGAGAAAAUCCGGGAAGGAUAACAACAACCCAGAUAAAGAAUUCAUUGAGAUGAUUGUUGGCGGCCCAGAAGGCGGGGACACUGCCUCCCAGCGGAAGAACUGGGCCAGGAGUUUACAUGUGUCGGUGGUUUCCCUAGAAUCACAAGGGAAGCAGGCAAGGAGGGAACCUAUCACUUUUACUGAUAGGGAUCUGCCCAGGACGGGGGGAGAUCAUAAUGACCCUUUGGUCAUUACAAUGGACAUCAAUGGGGCUGAUGUGGCCAGGGUCCUGGUUGACACAGGAAGUAGUGUCAAUGUCUUAUACUUGGACGCUUUCAAGAAGUUGAAGCUGGACAGGUCCAUGUUGAAACCAUUGCAAACUCCAUUAUCAGGCUUCACUAGAGCUAGCAUAGAAGCGGAAGGUCAGAUAACCUUACCGGUUACCUUGGGGUCGGGUAACAGGACAGUGACCAAACAAAUGAGAUUUGUUGUGGUCGACAUCAAAUGUGUGCAUAAUGCCAUUCUGGGUAGGCCUGGAAUCAACCAGGUUAGGGCCAUUAUUUCCAUGGCACACUUAUGCAUGAAGUUUUACACUCCUAAUGGAAUUGGGGAGGAAAGGGGUGAUCAAAAGAAUGCCUGGUCCUGUUACCUAGAAGCGGUCAAGAAGAUGACCCGCCAGUUUGAACAAAUUGAACUGGUCUCCCAGCAGGUAGAUAAGGGUGAGGAGAAGGCUAGGAUCGAGCCGGAUGCAAACACAAAGGAGAUCCAGAUUGAUUCCUCCAACUCUGAGAGGAAGGUCAAGAUUGGGGCUGAUCUUCAAGAGGAGCUAAGGACUGAGAUUGUCCAGGUGCUGACCAGGUAUAAAUCUUUGUUUGCCUGGAGUGUUGCUGAUAUGCCCGGAAUUGACCGGUCAGUCAUUUGCCAUCGUCUCUCUGUUCUUGAGGGGUCUAGGCCUGUAAGACAGAAGAAGAGAUUCUUGGCAAGUGAAAGGAGAGACUUUGUGAAGAAGGAGGUCAAGGACCUACUUCAGGAAGAAGAACUGGCCAGGGCUAUCACAGAGCCAUGGUGGUCCAUGUCAGUAGAUGGAGCCUCUGGACCAAAAGGUUACGGGGGAGGUGUGGUAUUCACAACUCCGGAAGGGUUCAAGGUAUAUCAUGCCUUGAUCUUUAAUUUCAAGCUCACAAACAAUGAGGCUGAGUAUGAGGCGCUGAUAGGGGGUCUGAGAUUGGCCAAAACCCUACAAAUCACAUGCCUCAGAAUCAAAUCCGAUUCAAGCCUGGUGGUAGGCCAUAUCAAUGGCAGCAGCCCAGAGCAUGUGUCCAAGUUGGCCAGGAUUGAGACGCUGGAAAAGGCUAGCAAUGAAGGGCUUGAUGUUAUCCUGAUAGAGGAGGAUGGACAGCCCAAUCCGGGCCUGGUGGAGGCAGAUGAUAUUUGGAUGGAUGACUUGAUCAAGUAUUACAUGACCGGGCAAUUCCCUGACCAUGAGGACAGGGUAAGAAAAAUAAAGUUAAGGGCUCUAAGAUUCCAAAUGCUUGAUGGAAGGUUAUACAAAAGAGCAUUCGGUGGUCCACUGCUGAGAUGCUUGACCAGGGCAGAGGCGGAAAGAGUGAUCGCCGAAGUUCAUGAAGGUGUCUGUGCAGCCCACCAAAUGUCCAGGACACUCGCCCAAAGGAUUAUUUUGCUAGGUUAUUUUUGGCCUACAAUGAACCAGGAUUGCGAAAGAUAUGUCCAGAGGUGCAAGACCUGCCAGGUCUUCUACAAGUUUCCGGGAAGGCCUGCGACAUACUACCACCCAGUUUCCAAUGUUAUUCCAUUCGCAAGGUUUGGGAUGGACAUCAUUGGAGCCUUCCCUCAAGCUCAAGGGAGGAAGAAGUAUGUAAUGGUUGCUAUCGACUACUUCACAAAAUGGGUGGAGGCCGAGGCAUAUGCAACCAUCACAACCAAGCAGUGCCAGCGCUUUGUCUGGAAGAAUAUAAUCACCCGGUUUGGGUCUCCUCGAAACAUUGUGAUGGAUAACGGGCCUCAAUUUCGGAAUCCAGGGUUCACCAAAUACUUGGAGGACUUUGGAAUUACUCACAACAAGGCUUCCGUGGCCUACCCGCAAGGGAAUGGCCAGGUGGAAAAUGCGAACCGCACAAUAAUGGACGGGAUCAAGAAGCGGUUGGGUGAGGCCGGAACAAAUUGGCUAGAGGAGCUGCCACAUAUCAUCUGGGCGUACCGGGUCACUUCGAGAAGGGCUACAGGAGAGACACCUUUCGUCCUAACAUAUGGAUGCGAGGCUAGACUACCCAUUGAAGCAAAAAUAAUGACCUUCCGGGAAAAGAUCUAUGAGGAGAAAGGGAAUGAGGAAGAUCACUUGGCGGAAUUGAACUUGCUGGAGGAAAGGAGGAUGGUUGCUGAGGCUAAAAUGAUAGAGUACCAGCAAGCAGCCAAGGCCUACCAUGAUAACAAGGUAGGGCCUCACUAUUUCCAGGUUGGUGAUGAAGUCCUGAGACGAAGGGAGGCCAGCAAACCAGGAGGAAAACUCGCAAAGAAAUGGGAAGGUCCAUAUAGGGUCACGGCGAUACUACGCCCAGGGACAUACAAGCUAGAAACAAUGGAAGGUCGAGAGUUGGAAAGGGGGAGAAGAAACUUCCAUUUAUGGUUUGACUCUGAUUCACUCAAUUGGGUCCUGCAAUCUCUACCUAGACUGAUUUCCGGCUCUACUUGGGCUUGUGUUAAACUAGAUUUUAAGAGAACACUUGAAAUUGCCGUUGACUCUGAUAGGAGGGGGGAUUCUAUUCGCAUCUUGGAAGCUAGAAAAGAAGGUAACAGAUUCAUUCAUAUCCCGUUUGGAGUUCAUAAUGAUGGGUCUAAUCAGUUCCUUAAGGCUCUUUUGUGCUUCGUUGAGCGAGCACAGUGUCUAGACAAGGUUAAGGGGCUUGGGGAGUUUGAGGCAGCAAUAGGAGAAUCAGGAACAGUGGCUUCCUUGAGAGAGAAUGAGUCUGGUCCAGUGCACUCUAGUGGAGAGAUUCCUACUCAACAUUUGAACAAUCAUGAGUUAAGCCCUAAUCUAAACAACAUCGGGGUAGGGGAUCCACUGUCUGAUUCCCAAUCCAAAAAGGAUCUACCACAGGAGGUGAUAGAUUCACUCCAAAAGUGUGAUGAGAAGUUUCUGAAUCUUGAGAACCAUGACUUAAGAGUACACCUUUUGGAAGGGCAGGAUCUACAACUGGGAAACAUAAAUCAGACUGAGUGCUCGGUGGAAAUUUCUGAACUGGAUUUGCAUAAGCAUAAGGCAUACAUUGCUCAGGAAGAGUCCCCUUCAUUGUACAAUAUUCAAUACCCCCAGCUUCCAAGAGUACGCCUAUCCCCUUUUGCUGCGGAGUUCAUUCCACUUAAGCCCAACACUUAUGCAGCUCUCUUUGAAAACCUGGAAGAUGGCAUCCCACUCAAGGAGGAUGAUGAAUUUGACAAGUUUGAAGAUGGAAACUUGGUUCUCAGUAACAAUGCACUAGAAGACAUCAGGGAAGAAAGAGAGUGACCUAUUCUAUAUACGCACUCAGAAGGAGAAGACAAGGUCUUCAAUGACAACAUACUCAAACCUCUUCAAAUAGAUUACUCCCAGAUGUUCAAAACUCCUUUCGAUUUGGGGAGAGAAUUCAAGGGCAGAUGCAUCUACUCUCCAUCUCAAAUAGUAACACGAAGUAGGGCAAAGAUUUUGAAAGAAGGAAGAAAGAAAUCACCACUUGGAUG